UAAAAUACAGACCACUGUAGCUGCACGAAGUGCUACGAUGCAACGACUUUGAAGUUUUAGUUUGAACUGGGGAAUAGCAAGUUGAUGUUUUUUCAAUGAAGGCAACAGGAUAAAAGGUUUACUCUUCAGAAUACAUUGCACUAGGGCUUUAAUUGCAUUCAUUUAAUUGUAUUAGGCGACGUUUUGUGCCAUUAAUUCCAAAGCCCUCUUUACAGUAUGAGGUGCAGUUAUGGCAAGGAGUAGUAAUAAGUCAGUUACGAGGACCCUGGAGGAUUUGACGCUUGAUUCGGGUUAUGGUGGAGCAGCGGACUCCUUCAGGUCUUCCAGUGCUUCGCUGUGCUGUUCCGAGGCACAUAUACCGUAUGCGCAUGGGGCGAAUUUCUGGCAUUUAACCGACUCCAUGCACAGUCGACACAACAGCCAAGACACUGUCAACACCGUCCUGGUCGAAGACGCCGAGAACCUGGAGUGCUUCGGACAGUGCGCUAAACUACCCGAGCUAGAGGACGUGCCAUGGAGCCUCGGGGAAGUAGAGAGCGCACUAAACAAGGACGAAGAGUUGAGACUGGGGGUCGUCUCACAGGAGAUCCUGGCUAGGCUCUCGGUCCUCAUCAGCCGUGCACUUGUGAGGGUCGCGAAGGAAGCGCAGCGCCUGAGUUUGCGCUAUGCCAAAUGCACCAAAUAUGAGAUUCAAAGUGCCGUUAAGGUUGUCAUGUCUUGGACUGUCUCUGUGAAUUGCAUCACAGCGGCACUCAGUGCAUUGUCCAUGUACAACAUGAGCACUGAGGACAAGUUCAGCCGCGGAAAGUCGCUCCGGUGCGGACUCAUUUUCAACGUGGGGAAGUUCUUCAGGUGGAUGGUGGACAGCCGGGUUGCGGUGAGGAUCCACGAGCACGCGGCCAUCUACCUGACAGGGUGCAUGGAGAGUCUUUUCCGAGAGGUGUACGCACGGGCACUGCGCAGCGCACUCGUGGAAAAAGAUAACGGGAUCCCUAAGUUCACAGUCGAGUCCCUUGAACAGGCCAUCAACAACGACUCGGAGUUAUGGGGGUUCCUGCAGCAAUAUCAACACCUCAUUUGUGGGAAGAAUGCGAGUGGUGUGCUAAGCCUACCAGAGAGCCUGACUCUGCAUCGGGACCAACAGCGGUCAGGGAAGAGUGGGGAGGGCCACGCCUACAGUCAGUCGGAGCUACGCUCCAUCGAGCAGUGCCUGCUAGCCACACGCGUAGGCAGCAUCUCAGAACUCAGUGACCUGGUCUCCCGGGCCAUGCACCACCUCCAGCCACUGCAUGUGAAGAGCCACAGCAACGGGACGCCCAUCCACCAGAAGAGCAGCUCAGUCCACUGGGAGCCUGAGGCGCUCUAUACCCUCUGCUACUUCAUGCACUGUCCCCAGAUGGAGUGGGAGAACCCCAACAUAGAACCCUCCAAGGUUACCCUGCAGACAGAGAGGCCUUUCCUAGUGCUUCCUCCCCUGAUGGAGUGGAUCAGGGUGUCGGUGGCUCACGCGGAGCACCGCCGCAGCUUCUCAGUGGACAGUGACGACAUCCGGCAGGCCGCCAGGCUGCUACUGCCAGGGGUGGACUGUGAACCACGCCAGCUCAAGACGGAUGACUGUUUCUGUGCUUCCCGCAAGCUGGAUGCAGCCUCCACGGAGGCUAAGUUCCUCCAGGACCUGGGCUUCCGUAUGCUCAACUGUGGCCGGACCGACCUGGUGAAACAGGCUGUCAAUCUGCUGGGGCCUGACGGCAUCAACAGCAUGAGCGAACAGGGAAUGACCCCUCUGAUGUACGCCUGUGUGAGAGGGGACGAGGCCAUGGUCCAGAUGCUGUUGGACGCUGGAGCAGACAUCAACAGUGAGGUGCCAAACACAGUGCACAAGCACCCCUCAGUCUACCCCGAAACGCGCCAGGGGACACCUCUCACUUUCGCCGUGUUACACGGACAUGUCCCUGUUGUGCAGCUGCUACUGGAUGCUCGGGCCAACGCAGAGGGCUCCCUACAGGACGGCAUGGAGAACUACACAGAGACCCCGCUACAGCUGGCCUCCGCUGCAGGUAACUUUGAGCUGGUCAGUCUGCUGUUGGAGCGGGGAGCAGACCCCAUGGUGGGAACUAUGUACCGUAAUGGCAUCUCUACAGCCCCUCAGGGAGACUUGAACUCAUACAGUCUAGCAGCAGCACAUGGACACAGGAACGUGUUCCGUAAGCUGCUGUCCCAGACAGAGAAGGGGAAGGGGGACGUGCUGUCCCUGGAGGAGAUCCUGGCUGAGGGGACAGAGGAGGAGAGGGGCCUGGAGGAGAGGAGCCCCUCCCAGCUGGACCUGGUCCGGACAGGCAAGGCCAAGCUCAAGGCCCUGAGAGAGGCCAUGUACCACAGCUCUGAACACGGACACGUGGAUAUCACCAUCGACAUACGCAGCCUGGGAGUCCCCUGGACGCUGCACACCUGGCUGGAGUCUCUGCGGAUGUGUUUCCUGCAGCACCGGAGACCACUGAUCCAGGGCCUGCUCAAGGAGUUCAGCUGUAUCGAGGAGGAGGAGUAUACACAGGAGCUCAUCACCCACGGCCUGCCACUCUUGUUUCAGAUCCUACGAGCCAGCAAGAACGAGGUAAUCAGCCAGCAGCUGUCAGUGAUCUUCACCCAGUGCUACGGGCCGUACCCCAUCCCCAAACUCACAGAGAUCAAGAGGAAACAGACCUCACGCCUGGACCCUCACUUCCUGAACAACAAGGAUAUGUCAGAUGUGACCUUCCUGGUGGAGGGGAAGCCCUUCUACGCCCACAAAGUCCUGCUCUUCACCGCCUCCGGCAGGUUUAAGUCUCUUCUGGCGAACAGACCAGCUGCUGAAAACACAUGUAUUGAAAUCAGCCACGUCAAAUACAACAUAUUCCUGCUGGUGAUGCAAUACCUGUACUGCGGUGGGACGGAGCAUCUGCACAUUAGAAACACAGAGAUUAUGGAGCUGCUGUCAGCGGCCAAGUUCUUCCAGCUGGAGGCGCUGCAGAGGCAUUGUGAGGUCAUCUGCUCUAAGAACAUCAACACAGAAAGCUGUGUGGAGAUCUAUAGCCACACCAAGUUCCUGGACGCCCCAGAGUUGGCUGCCUACAUCGAGGGCUACUUCCUGAAGAACAUGGUGGUGCUGAUCGAGCUGGAGCCCUUCAAAACGCUGCUGUACGACACACCACCAGGCAGCCCCGCCAUGAACAUACUGCUGGACCUGGAGAAGACCCUGGGCAUCCGCAUCCAGUCCAUCCACCUGUCCUCCUCCAAGGGCUCCAUCGUCUGAUUGGUUGAUUGAUUGGUUGGUUGAUUGAUUGAUUGAUUGAUUGAGCUGCUACUGGGACUGGAACUGUCUAUCUGUCACCAUUGUCCCCAGUACAAUACAUACCUGUACUGAACCACACUCGACAGUAACGCUAUUGAAUCACUUGCUGUGCUGACUCACGUCAUUGCCAUUCCCUUGCAGCCUACUGAGCCUAGGUCCGUGCAGUUAGGCAAAGUGGACAGCGCUGGAACCUCAGAAAUUUCCGUAGAGCUGUAGUAAAGCUGAUUGAUCAAAGCAAUAGUGGGACUAUAUCGCUGAGACCCAGUGAGAAGAGUGUGUGUGUCUGGGAUCAUUUGUAAAGCUCCAGUCAACAUUGCUUCGCUCCUUGACAUUAGUCUCCAGACUGCAGUCAGACCUGCCAUUGUCCACUUGUAUUCUGGACAGAAUCAUUGUUGGUACUUUUCUUAGCAUUGUUCUGCAAUCCUACAUAGCUUUAUAGUCUAUUUAUGACUGGACCUAGCCAAACUUAACAUAAGAGCAGACCUGGGUUCAAAUACUAUUUGAAAUCUAGUCUACCUGGAGUGUCAGAUGGGUGGGGUUUGCACUUUUGCGACUAAUCUAUUGGUUCCAUUGCGACAGGGAAGCUCAAUCGCUGUCACAAAAAGAGCCGUGUUGAAUAGACCAAACUGCAGCGGGAAUAUGGAUGCUCAUGUUUUAAUUCAAAAAAGGAGUAACGCAUCCACUGGAAAACAAUAUACACAACAGGAACAGUUUUGCAGGCACACAACACGCAGUGCAAAAACAACUACCCACGAAAACCAAACAAACACACACCUACUUAUGGGACUCCCAAUCAGAGGCAACUAGAAACACCUGCCUCCAAUUGAGAGUCCAGCACCCAAAACUACACAUAGAAAAACAAACCUAGAACCUAUACCAAACUAAUACACCCCACUACACCACACACAAAACCCCAUAAUACAAAACAAAUAUACCUCUGCCACGUCCUGACCAAAUAUAAUAGAAAUAAUACCUAAAUAUUGGUCAGGACGUGACAAUCGCCCAGUACUUAAAAGUAUUAAAAGGAUUUCAAAUAGUACUUGAACCUAGGUCUGUUAAAUGUAACGGUGAUAUAUGGACAUACUGUUUGUCAUGUGUUCAUAUGUUUCAAGGGAGUCAUGCAAAGGAGAGAGGUAUUGGUAUAUUCUUCAAGCUACGUUUGGGAAAGCUGGAGAACGCAGGAACACAUUUACUUCCUUCAUCCGCUGUUAGAACUGUGUAAAUAUUGUGAAUAAAACACAGAGCUUUGGCUCUUCCUGUAAGUUAAUGUAUAUAUCCUACAGAUGUUUCUUCUCAUGCGUCUCACCAUUGAAUAUUGCUGUAAAAAAAAAAUGCUCUUCUUUUCAAUGUGUUAUCGUUCUGUAUGUUUCAAGUUGCAUGUCACGAGAAUGACUGUUUUGUUUGUGUUCAGUUUGGUUUAAGAGUGGCAUGAGACUGUAGGAGUGAGUUGGAGGGGUAGAGGAGUGAUACUGUCAGCAUGCAUCUCUAAAUGUGUAGAAGUGUACUGGUGUCUUCAUUUCAGGGGAGAACGACAAAGGGCCUGGACCUGUAUUCAAAAAGUAUCUCAGAGUGGGAGUGCUGAUCUAGGAUCAAGCCCUCCUGUCUUUUUCGUCUUAUUCAUUAUGAUCUGAUAGGCUUAAGCAGGCCCUAGAUCAGCACACGUACUGUGAGACAUUUUAUGGUUAGGGGCCUGGUUCAAAAUAUUACCAGGGUCUUAAACCGGUCUUAAAUCUUAAACCGGAGGAGCGUCUUUUGUGUUUUCCAGACAUUGUGAAACCACAUGUAAAUGUGUGACUUAAUAUCUGUUUCCUCUAUAAAGAUUAAUAUAAAGAAUUAUAUGAAUCCUC